AUGUUGUCAGAUGCUCAGCUCUUUGAUUUAGAGUUUGAGAAGUUGGUGUGACUUACAGAGCAGGACUUCACUGAUCCAGUUCUGUCUGAUGCGUUCAACAGACUCCGAGAGGUGCUUCGGUACAAUGCUCCUGGAGGCAAGAGAAACCGAGGCUUGUCUGUGAUUGGUUCGCUGCGGGAGCUGGUCUCUCCUUCUGAACUGCCCCCUGAUGAAGUUCACAGAGCCCUUUUGGUUGGAUGGUGCAUUGAACUGCUUCAGGCUUUUUUCUUGGUGUCUGAUGACAUUAUGGAUACAUCCCUGACAAGAAGGGGUCAACCCUGUUGGUAUAAGAAGGAAGGUAUUGGUCUGGAUGCCAUUAAUGAUGCUUUUCUCCUGGAGGGGGCGAUCUACCGUCUUCUUCGCAGACAUUGCCAAGUAGGACAGUGCUACUAUGUCCAUCUUCUUGAGCUUUUUACUGAGGUAACACACCUACAACUUGCUGGGAUUGAAAACAAGACCGAACACAACAAUGCAAAAACAAUUUUACUUGAGAUGGGAGAGUUCUUUCAGAUACAGGAUGACUACUUGGAUUGUUAUGGGGACCCCGCAGUGACUGGAAAGAUUGGCACGGAUAUCCAGGACAACAAAUGCAGCUGGCUGGUGGUGAGCGCACUGGGCAUCAUGAAACCUGAACAGAGGGCAGAAUUAGAGGCAUGUUACGGACAAAGUGAUGCUGAAAGUGUUGAUCGGGUCAAGGCUUUGUAUGAUACUCUGGAAAUGCCUAUCCGAUACCAUCAACACGAGGAGGAGAGCUAUCGCCGUCUUAAAAAACUCAUCCAGCUUCAUGCCAAAAAUCUGCCUCACGCUGUGUUUCUUAAUUUUGCCAAAAAAAUAUAUAAGAGAAACAAAUAAGGUGCGGUUCAGAGAAAUGAAAGGGCUUCAGAAUUAGUAUUUUUAGGCACGCAGACUUGGGACAACUAAAAAUGCAGUGAAGAAUUUUAGAGGUUGAGUAAAUAUGGAAACAUUAGGUUUUAUCUGCACUUUAAAUAUACUGUCAAGAGUUUAGUUAUUUUUUUCAUAAUACAAUACAAGAAAUACAACAGGCUGAUUCAGAGGUCUAUAGCACACAAACAACACCUGCCAUUGUUUCACUUGGGGGAUAUACUGUAUAUAUGUGUGUGUGUGUAUAAACCAUAUAUUUUCAUAAGAUUUUUGGAUUGUAUUUUCAACGUCUUUGGAUAAAUGAGAAAGAAAAAAAGAAAAGCUGUAUAGAUUAAAAUAAACAUUUACAUAAGAAAAUGUAUAUUCUGAGAAUGAGAACCAUCAAACUACUGAAUAAAUGCAUAUAUUCCUUAAAAA